CUUGUUAACUUGAUUGAUAAUUAUAACUGAAACGAUACUCACUGAUCUCCUUUUCUACUCUCUUUAUCUCUUAAUAUUUCAGUGUCUGUUUGACUGCAGCCAUGCCCUCCUGUUCAGCCCCACCCCUUCUCUACCUGAGUCUCCUGCUCUUUCUGUCGUACCUCUCCCCUGUUCUCUCCUACUGUCAGAUUGGGACCCGCAGCCAGUGUCAGUCCUCCCGCUUUGUACCAGGUCACAACCUGGUGGGGGAGGGCUAUGAUGUGGUCACCCUGCGACAUAAAGGAGCAUAUGUGGUUGACAUUAACACUUACCUGACCCCUAAAGGCAACUGUAAACUCUGUCGCAACCCACUUCAAGGCAACCAGCUGCAGAAACUGCCUGUCUCUGCAGUGGACUGGCGUGCUUUCAGCCGCUGCAGCGAGUAUAUCUCCAGCAGUUAUAAGACCUCUGUCAGCUCACUGGUCAGAGCAUUCACCUACGAGGACAGUUCCGACUGGAAGGUUGGACUCGAUUAUAGGAAGUUUGUAGGCCUAGAGGUGGGGGGAACACGUUCCAGUGUGUAUAAAUUUGCUUCAGCCAGGAGCAGAGAGGACCGCUACAGCUUCAGCACUCACAGGAUCAGCUGUAGCCAUUACAGUUACCGUGUGUCAAGCACGCCGCCCCUCAGCGGAGAGUUCAGCAGAGAUGUGGCGAGACUGCCCAGUUCCUACAACCACUACACCAGGGCCCAGUACAAACAUCUCAUAGAUGUCUACGGCACACAUUAUAUCCGCCAGGUCUAUCUUGGGGGGCGAUUCAGGCGAUUCACAGCUGCACGGACCUGUUUGUCCAAAUUGAAUGGCUACUCCUCAUACCAGGUGCACUACUGCUUAUCACUGGGUGUCAAAGUAGGACUGGGAAAGUACAAACUGCCUGCUAAUCACAAGUUCUGCAACAAAGUCUUACAAAACCAGGAUGUCUCUACCUCAUUCCGCUCUGGGCUCCACCAACACUAUACAGAAGUCUCUGGAGGCAUUGGUUGGGUGGGUGAGUUUUCUCUCACCCACAAAGACUCCCAGGGCUACCAAACUUGGCUGAAAAGCCUGAAGGAUCGCCCUGAUGCUGUUCGUUAUUCCUUGAGACCAUUGUACCAGCUGGUGCCAAACGGUUCACGUAAAACAGGACUGAAGGCUGCAACAGAACAGUACAUAAGAGACAACGCCAUCAGGUCCUCGCCCAGACAAUCCUCCUGCAGCGGUAUCUCUAACCUAGAUUACAACUGUUGUCCUAAAAAUGCCUGGAGGGGAACACUGGUGGUGACCAUCAGCCGAGCCUGGCGUCUGAAAGGAGAUCGUUGGGGCAGAACUGAGGCGUAUGCCAAGAUGUGGUACGGUUCUUUCUACCGCAGGACUCGUAUGAUCAGGUCAAACUACCCCCGUUGGAACGCUCGUUACAAUGUGGGCAACGUGGACACACACCUGGGUCUGGUGAUUGAGGUCUGGGAUGACGACGUUUGGAGUGACGAUCGUCUGGGACGAUGUGUGAAGUACCUGAGGCAGGGGAGUCACAGAUUCACCUGCUAUGCCAAGAGAGGUGGCGUUGAGGUCUUCUACACUCUGACAUGCGACCGUCACCUGACUGGAGACAGAUGUAACCAGUACAAACCAACUCCAUAGUGGGAAAUGCAUAUUUUGGUGGCACACUUCAUGCAAAUAUAUCAGAUCUGUUGAUUACUUUCUGUAAAGGCAAUUAACCAGACAGUCACACAGUAUAAGCAAAAUGACACACUAUUUGAUUUCUUGUUUCAGAGGCUCAAUUACCUAUUUUUUGGGACUAUAAAUUAGAGGUAUAGUUAUUCAUGUAUGUAAGUGUUUGAAUUAUAAAUUUAUAUUCAGCAUCAGAUGUUUCUCGUAUUAUAUUCAGUUGUAGUUUAGUGUGAAGGGACUUUUCUGUUUGAUUCUGUUUAAUCUUACUCUUAAUUCUAAAUUCUGUUUCUUUGGAUUUUGAUGGUGGGGGGUCACAUUAGCUAUGGAUAGCAUUGGAUAAUAGUUUCACACGAUGUGUGAAGUUUGAGAAUGCGUCUGUAAAAGCUUUUGUUUUUGUAUGUGCACAUCUUCAAGAGGACCAUUUUUCUGUUUGUUUUCCUGUAAACUUUUACAUUUCUACUGUAUGUGUGCCAAAGCAGUUCCUUGGCCCUGCUUUAGAAAAAUGGAUUCAGUAGAAAGAAAUACUUUCUAGUCAUUGCAGACUUCUGCAGUUUUUUUAAAAAAAAGCACUGUUUAUUCUGAGUUCUCUACAUUUAGUAUUGAUUUAAAUUUGUUGUCCUCAUUGGUUAGAGUUUUUCUUUCAUCAAUAAAAUGU